AUGUCACCUCGCGCCGAAAAACGCUCAGCGCCCGCAUCCUCGGACAGGCAGACGCGCUCGUCCAAGGUCGCGAAAACCGACUCGAAAGACGUUGCCACCGCGCAGAGCAAUAACAAAUCCAAGAAGGGGAAGAAGGUCCGUCCGAUGCCAUCGAGUGCAUUCAAAUCAGCAGCCUUGCCCCUACAUAUCCAUAUCACCCACACACCUCCAACAAUCGAUGUUCCAUCCUCCGCUGAGCCUUCGGCCCAAGAUGUAGGACACAUCGCGAGCAUCACAAUGCUCCCCUGCGAUUUUGGAACCGGAAGCUAUGGAUGGAAAGGACAGAAGCGGACGGUCGUGCAAUUAAUGGGCGGCGAAGGAGAUGGGAAGGAGAAAGUGCAGGUUAUGUUUUCCAUCAAUGCUGUUGUGGUCGGCAGCAAGGAUGCUGAGGCCGAUAUUAUUGACGAGCCACCUGCAGAGGUGGAAGAGGCUGAAGCCGAUGUGGAGAAGGACGACGCAGCGGACGCGAAGGCGGAAAAAGCCGUCAAAGAUGCGGCGGCAGCGGUGUGAUGCCUCCACGUUUCCCCACUGAUAUCUCUGGUUAUCAGUGCGAUCGAUUUAUGAAAUUACGAUCUAUAUCCGUCCCCUUUCUAGAUGUAUGACUCUACUUGCCAGCACAUACCUGCCAAACAAGACUGACUCCCC